ACAAAUCCGUAAUAAAUACCAGGUAGCUUCUCACAAUGUCAACUAACACACUCUCCACAUCCACUCCCAAUGAUAGUCACCUGGCGAGCAUCCGCCAGACAAUUGCCAAUUUUCUUCGGCGUUGUGGUUCGCAAUAUACAGAUGUCGAGAUCGACAAAGAAUACUACUGUGAAUGCUGCCAGGAGGCUAUUAACCGUGGUUUUCCGAUGGAUGGGAAAUAUUCCAUCCGCGCAUACAUGGAGGUUGGUGUGGCCAUAGCGCCCUCUUACGCCCACCUUCCUGACCAUGCCAAGAUGUGGAUGUGCCUCUUCACUGCUGUCGUCGCCCGCAUCGAUGACAUGGUGCUCCAGGGAGAAGACAUAACGCAUGUGUACCAUUUCAACGAGCGGUUUGUGAACUGCCAAUCACAGGGUCAUCCAAUUUUGAAUGCGCUCGAUGUGAUCUUGCGUGAAAUCACUUGCUUUCAUUCCCCGCUGGUGUCGAAUUUUAUCACUGUGGCCGUACUCAACUUCGUGAGUGCCAACUGCCUCGAAAGUGAGACUAAAGACAUGCAGAUCUCGCCCAAGGCUCCCUUCUACCCAGAGUAUUCUAGGGUCCUAUCAGGCAUACCGGAUGCAUUCGGGUUUUUUGCCUUCCCUUCCAUGCUCCCGAUCAAGGAAUACAUUCAAUGCAUUCCGGAUCUAAGGAUUGUCAUAAACCAUGUAAAUGACAUACUAUCUUACUACAAGGAGGAGAUUGAAGGUGACACCACAAACUACCUGUCGCUCAUGGCAGCCUCUCGUACCUCCACCAAACAGGAUGCCCUGCGUGAAAUGAUCGAGAAAACUGUACAAGCGCAUCACAAUAUCCUCGAAUGCCUCAGACCUUGUUCGGAGGCCUAUGAUACCUACGUCCAUUUUUUCGAAGGAUAUAUCAAAUUCCAUGCUGCCUUAGAAAGGUACAGGAUGAAGGAGAUCAUGGCCGAGAUGUCAUCUUAUUGAUGAAUGUUGAAAUUUCUUCCUAGUAUGAUUCCGACUUUCUGUGUUGAUCACUAUAUCUUGACUUAGCCGCC